AUGAACAAGGCCGUCAUCCUACCGACGCUGCUGUACGGAGCGGAGAUUUGGACGGUGUACACAAAGCAGGCACGCCGUCUGAACCACUUCCACCUCAGUUGUCUUCAUCGCAUACUGAGGCUAAGCUGGCAGGAUCGAAUCCCCGACACUGAUGUACUGGAACGGACGGGAAUCCUCAGCAUCUACACCAUGCUGAGACAAAUGCAGCUGCGUUGGAGCGGUCACCUGGUGCGCAUGCACGAUGAGCGACUACCCAAACGACUCUUCUGCGGCGACGUUCCAACGGGUUCUCGCCGCCAAUGAGGAAAAAUUCGUCGAUACAAUGACACCCUGAAGUCCUCCUUGACGCGUCUGCAAAUUAACCCGACCAACCGAGAAGAUCUCGCCCACGACCGACCGACCUGGAGGAGGACAGUGAAAACAGGCGCUGCGAUCUAUGAAGCCACUCGCAUCGCCGCCGCCAAAGUGAAAAGUGAAGCACGCAAACCACAGUUGCACCCACUCCACAACGCCGACUCACAACCGCUUCCAACGUGUUCUCGGUGUCAACGAACAUUCCGGGUACGAAUUGGAUCCAUUGGACACCUUCGGACCAACUGCACCUCCCAUACCGCACCAACCGCCGUCCCUCCGCCCGCCUCUUCCUCGUCCUCUCCGCCGCCGACUAACUCUGGCUACUCUUUUGAACCACCACUUCCAUCAUCCUCCUCCUCCACUGCCCCAACGACGGCCGCUCUAGCGGCUGUCAAGGACGUCAGCAGCCCUGACACGUCAACAGACACCAUCCCUCCAACCUCCGACUCCAGAGGUGAGGACCAGGGCUACAGCUGCCGCCACUGCGACCGCACCUUCACCUCACACAUUGUCCUGGUCGGUCACUUGCGAAUCCAUCGCACAGAGACUGGUGAACUAGUGCCUGGAGCACCAGCCUACACCCACUGCAUUCGCCUCCACUGCCCACACAGCCCUCGCGCUUUCACGCAUCGCAUAGGCCUCUUCGGCCACAAGAGCAUCCAUGAGAGCGGAAUUGACCGCCCUCCCGACACACCCACCACACCAAACCCCACCACCACUUCGUCGCCCUGUGCGCCCACCGCCCUUCCCGCAACUGACACCGACGCCACCGACUUCACCUGCCCACACUAUCCCCGCACAGUCACGUCUCGCAUCGGCCUGGUCGGUCGUUUGCGAAUGCAUCGCACAGAGUCUGGCGAACCAGUGCCUGGAGCACCAACCUAUACCCACCACGCUCGGCUCAACUGCCCACACUGUCCUCGCACUUUCGCGCAUCGCAUGGGCCUAUUCGGCCACAUGCGCAUCCAGGAGAGUGGAACUGACCGCCCUCCCGACACACCCACCACAUCCAACACAUCCACCAUGCCCAGCCCCAUGGGCCUCUUCGGCCACAUGAGCAUUCACGAAGACCUGUGGUAG